AUGCCCCCCACCCUCCAUCAAAAAGCCUUCACAGUUGAUAAACCGCUGGCUUGUGCGCAAGCCAAAGAAGAAGACACGAACAUUUAUAACGUGCACAGUCACAAGGCUGCGUCGCUUCCCGUUCGUGUCGUGAAUUGCAACAUGGCUACACCGAAAAUGGAGGAGAGCAAUACGCUUGGUCGUCAGCUAUCUGCAGCAAAUGAAGAAGCUUGGUUAUCGCUUGGUCGAAUUGCUGAGAUGAUGGGUGACGAUGAAAAUACGAUGCUUGCAUAUGAGAAGGUUUUGUCGCAUAAUCGUUUAAAUGCUACUGCGUUGUUUGCUAUUGGAUGUUGCUAUGAGAAAGUGGAGGAUUAUACUAAGGCUGCGGACUGUUUUCGUGGUCUGGUAUCCCUUAAUGAACAAAAUUCGGACGCAUGGGGUCAUUUAGGCUACUGCUGCCUUAUGAUGAACGAUCUAACGAGUGCGCAUACGGCGUACCAAUAUGCAAUGUACAACAACCCGAUGAGUCAGAAGGACCCAAAUAUGUGGUACGGCAUUGGUCAGCUAUACGAGCGUCUUGGAUCACUUGAGCACGCACAGGAAUCUUUUGAAGCCGUGCUACGUUUUGAGCCAAACUUUAAUAUGGCACUUGAGGUGAAAUUCCGUCUUGGAAUCAUCGCUAAACAGCGUGGAGAUUAUGACGGUGCUUUAGAACGUCUUAACUCAGUACUACAUGAUGUACAAGCUAAUGUACAAACUACCGAGAUGGCCAGUGAUAUCUGGACGCAAAUCGGACACGUAUACGAGUUAAAAGACGAGAUUCAGCUUGCCAAAUCGAGCUACCUCAAGGUGGCAGAACUUAACCCCAACAAUGCUAAGCCAUUGCAGCAACUUGGAUGGCUCUGUUUAAAACAUAGUGAACAUCCGCCUGCUAUUGACUAUCUUAAAAAAGCAGUUGCUAUUGAUCCGCAAGACGGUAAAGGAUGGUACCUUUUAGGUAGGUGUUAUAUGGCUGUACAAGAAUUUGAAGAAGCCUACGACUCGUAUAAGCACGCUGUAACUACGGACUCUCAAAAUCCCAAUGUGUGGUGCUCGCUUGGUGUACUGUUUUAUCAAUUGAACCAGCAUCUUGAUGCGUUGGAUGCGUACUCACGCGCUAUUAACAUCAAUCCUAAUAUUUGCGAAGUCUGGUACAACGUCGGAACACUCUACGAUACAUGCAACCAAACUAGUGAUGCUCGUGACGCAUACCAAAAAGCAGCCGAGCUAGGUGCUGAUGCCCAAUUCAUUCGCGAGCGCUUGGAACUUUUACGUGUUCGGGAGACCGGUCAAUCUACUAUUGGUAUGGCUGGGGCAAAUUCGGCUCCUGGUCCUUCCGAGCCGCCGACCACUUCCCCAAUGCCGACAUUUUCGUCAAGACCUACAGCAGAUUCUCAAUACCAAGCACAGCAGGGUGCCCCUACACAAGGUGCCCAGCCAAAUGGUGCUCCUCAAGUCAGUCAAGGUGCUCCAAUGGCUCAUAUGCUUCGAGCGGGUGAAGCUCCCAUGAAUAUGAAUAUUGGCAGCGCACCAACGACGAAUGCCAUGAGCGCAAAUGGUCCAGAUUCUAGUAGCAUUGCACGUGGAGUACCCGUGGGUAGCGCGGGAAUGAAUAUGAUGCGUGGUAUGGGACGUAGUGCUCCCAUGAAUGGCGGCGGUAUGAUGCCUCGUGGUGUCAUGGGUGGUAUGGUGCCUGGUAUGCAACACGCGCAGCAAGCUCAACAGAUGCAAUCGCAGCACCCGCAAGCUCAGGCUCAUGCUCAAGCUCAGGCUCAUGCUCAUGCUCAAGCUCAAGCGGCUCAAGCAGCUCAAGCAGCUCACGCUCAUCAUCAUGCACAAAUGCAGGCUCAGCUGCAAGCUCAGCAGCAACAUGUGCAGGCUGUACACAUGCAUCAAGAUGGUCGUCGAGGAAUGCCAGGUCGGCCAAUUAAGGAGGAAAAUAAGGUCGGAGGAAUGCGCUACGCAAUGGACGGAGGUGAUCGCAAGCUUCAGGCACCGCCACAACGUCUUGCUGGUUUGAAUCCAAAAAAUUUGGGUGGACCCUCUGGUGUUUCACAGGGUGGACGUCGUGAUCGCUUUCCCAUUCCAAUGAGUGAUCCCAAGCAGCAUUCCCAUCCGUCGCUUCAGCCUCCCCCAGGCAGAAGGUGA